AUGGUGAAGAGAUCUCUUUACACACUCUCUGGGACGCCAUGCCUUCCAUCGCCGUCAGCUCGGGGAAGUCUUCGGUGCUUGAGAGCAUCGUUGGAAGACUUUUUGCCUCGUGGAUCAGGGACUGUUACUCGACGACCUCUUGUUUUACAGCUCCCAAGGGUUGACGAAGGAAGAAAAUAUUCAGAAUUUGCUCAUGCCCCAAGAAAGAGGUUCUCUGAUUUUGAGGGUCAACCUGAUAGUAUUGUGCACGACAUUGAGAAUAUGGUUCCAUCACAUAUUGAGAAGGCUGCAGAAUUUUGUAAAGAGCUCUCCAGUAGUCUUCGGUACAUUCUCUCGAUUUACACAUAUCGACCAUCUGGAGAUACAUGCUCUCGGAUCCAUGACUUCGAACCAGUUCACAUAGGUGGAGCUUCGAAGAUUGAAGACUUGCGUAAGCUCUGUCCAGCUCAAAAAUUCAUGUACAAUUUUUGCUAUAUUAGUGGAUUGCAUCUUGAUGUGGUAUACUCACAGUUCUUGCAGUUCAUGACAAUGAGAGAGAAUGGUGGCCUCAAACUCGCUGAUUGGUCAUAA